ACGGUCUCAUUAAAAUUAAUGCAAAUUUCAGGUGUUAUCGACCAACAUUUUUCUCGUGUCUCGGCUAUUUUAAAUCCUAAAUCAUGUAAGUUAAACUUUUUCGAGUUAAAGAGAGUAUAAAAAUUCAAAGAAACAUUUGGCACACGUUUACAAUCUAAAUCGCCUCUCGAACAGCUACGUACCGUAACGAGAUCUGCUCCGGAAAGUCCGGAAAGUCCGGAAAGUUCCGGUGACUUUACGCUACGUGAUAAACACAGCAACCUUUCGUUGAGGUAAUCGCAGCGAUUUCGCGUCAAAUCGCCUUUUCACGCGCUACAGCUAUCCUUACCACAGGGUAGACCACGGGCACGGAAUGCCAGACCGGUCUGAUCUCGCAUAAAAAUGCAAAUGGUCAAGUCUCUUAUCCGUAUAUGGCUAAUAAAUGCGACACGUCGUCAUUGGAUCUAAUGGUACAAAAAAGAAAAAAGAAUAGAAAAAGAGAAGAAGAAAAAGUAAAAAGAGCUCUCGCGGAACAAAAUUUAAUGGGGUCGUGCGCGCUUAAUGACAUUUUUAUGUGCAACGAAAGAGCGACGUAUCUUUGACAUGACGCCCAAAAUUGCCGAGAAAUUCUGCCGUGCAACGCGGCGGCACGUUGAUAACCGUUUAAUCUCAGAUUGCACCGAGAAAUUCUCGAUUGACGAUGGGCGCAGGCAGAGGCGUUGUCUAACCGGCUGUUUAAUUACGCAGACAAGUUCAGUCGCGGAAAAGGGAUAGUAGCCGCGUGUGUGCGUGAUCCUGUGUUUGAACAUGACGAGCAUUCCGCUCAUGUUCGAUUUACCGUAACAAUCCCGAAAUUUUCCCCUUGAACGUAUUAGCGCGCCAAAUAUAUAACGGCUGAUAAUUAUUCAAUGAUAAACACGAGCAAACAUAAUUCUUGCUAAUUAGUAUAAUUAUUAAUACAGGUACAAAGCAAAGAUACAUCUCAUUCGCUAGAAAUUGAGGGAAAUACGUAAUCUUGAUGCAAAUAAGGUAAAACCAUUCAAUUUACUUAUUAACCGCGAAUAGAGAAACGUUACACAACUUUUCGAAAUGUUGGUCAUAUAAUAUGUAUAGUAUCGUAUUAGUGAAUCGUGGCAAAGAAAUUUAACGAGGCAGAACUCGGUGCGUAUUAGACAUAAUUUCAUCGCUCUAAUUAAGCGUUGACGUCAACACCUGGGCAAGUAUCGAGGUAAUACGAAUAAAAUUAGAACGGGAAAAGUUACCUCAUGCGACCUCAUACGCUUUGCCAAAAUCCACAUUAUUCUCACGUGCUGCAUAAUCUAUUUUCAUUUUCCUCUAUGUUAUAUGAGGCAGUUGGAAUUGAGCGAAAAAGAAACUUGAAAAUUACUAAUUUGUACUUAAAUAAAGUGCAACUGAUUAUGCAGCUUAACAGGGAUAACGUUUAAACUGGGGUAAACUUAUUAACGUAAGUUAACUAAUGUUAACAAGUUUAGCCCAGUUUAAUAGCUGUUUAAUAAUAAUUGGAUUAAAACACGGCUUGUCAAUUGAAUUAAAUCGGCAGCAGCAGCAACAACAAUGAGAAAACGAGACGUUUUGAUAUUUCAUGAUAUCCAUUCACAUGAUAUUCGUUUUUGCGAUAUAGAUGCGAUGCUAACCAUCCGUCUGGUUUAAUCAGACAAGUUGGCUCGUGCGAGGCAGUCGUCGCAAACUAGGCAAUAUCUCUCUCUCUCUCUCUCUCUCUCUCUCUCCUCCCGGAGCUACGCAACGUGGCCACCGGUUGCUAGAGGGGGGCUGGCUCUCAGACGCGGCAGCUGUUUGCUCGCCAUGGAACGGAUGGAACAGGGGGUCGUACUGGCAUGUGUAUCCCGCCAGUAAUGCCGCAUCGCUGGCGUUUGCAGCUCGCGCGAGCGACGCAGCGCGGGAUUGUGACACGUCGCCGUGAGGAUUUUUGCGAUUCAAGGUCGCAGAUGGUGCGAAAAAAGAUAAUUGUUGAGGGAAAUCGUUGUGAAAGUAGCGUGCUGCGUCGCGUCGCGUCGCGUCGCGUCGGGCCGUGGGACCAAUUCGUCACGCUGCUGUGAAAAUCGGUCCCUCCGAAGCGAGACCGCUUCGUAUAUACCACGCCGGCAGAUUCGGAGCACGCAGCAACGGUUGGAAAAAGUGCGCGCGCAUGCUGACGCGCUUUCGGAGCAACCCGUGGACCAGUCCGUCGGUAAAUUCCCAAAAAUCGAUCUCGCUCCUCCGCACGGCACGUCCUCGUCACACGUGCGUCAAACAUUUAUACGGUUCGAUCGUGUGUGAUUGAGAGAAAUCGGGUGAUUAUCCCAAUCACCCGGCCAAUUCUCCUAAGUAACUCGCCGGCGGCCGCGGCGACGGUAUUCGAAUGGCAAAACGGCAAAACGAUCGACGGACGUCCUUGCCUUUCGCGAUACCACUGGAAAUGAAGAAAUAGUACUCGACAUCGUACACCGAUAGCGAAAGAAUUUCCAUAACGAGAGUGCACAAUGAUCGAGAAUCUAUAACGAAGGUGGUCGAGAAUUUUCAUUAGUGAUUGAGUAGCGAUAAAAAAAGUUUCAAGAGGCACAUCGAUACACGAUGUACGCGUACAUGAUAUUGAAAUUAUGAAUAUUCAUGUGGCACUCCCAGUGGUGCAGCGUCGCCUCGUAGCGAUGCGUAUGGCAAUUGGAAGAAAGUUGCGAGGACUCCAACGGAUGAUAAAUGACAUCCGAGAGACGACGCUGUCCCUACCCGCACGAGUGGUGAAAUGUGACUCUCGACGUGACGCGGACACUUAGAAAAGGGUCCAGCCGCGUGGAAUUCGCUCUGUGAUAGCCAGGUAGCCCGCAUGCCAACGCGUUUGCGUGUCGCGCGCCAUGCGCAGUGAGCCGAGCGGCAACUUUUCUUUUCGGAAAGCACGACGAGGGAUGUCCCAGCGGGAUUUUAAUCUCGAGCGGCUUAUUUAAUCCCGGUGACGGGAUUAUUUGAACGCGCCAAACGGUGAACGGUGAACGGUGAACGGUGAACGGUGAACGGACGCACGUACGUCCUUGCCUCGCAAUCGCACCAAGGCAUUGCGUAACCAUAAACGACACGUUUGCCGAUACUGUUCGCGAGAAUCUCAGGGGUUUCAACGGCGACUAUUGCUCAAGAUUUCACUCGCAAUGGCGACGUUAGAUGGUAGAUUACAACACUGCGCGUUCGUACGGCUGCGGUUUCUCUACACGCAUUUACACCAACUUUUCUCGCUUUUCUCACUUUUCUCACAUUUCUCAAAAAGCAGAAACGUUGCGUUUCUAGUGAAUGGCGCUGUUUCUCCAAAUUCUUUGCAAUUUUUCACAUCUAAGAUUAAUACAAAUCACUUUAUCGCCAUGGAUUUCAACAUAAAAUAAUGAGUAAUAUUCCAUUUAUCGUUUAGUCGUCUAGACGUUUAAUCUAAUAUAGAGUAUUCCGCGUGUAGAUAAAAGUUGCACAAGUAUGGAAUAGAACGGAGGAAAAGAAUCUGAAAUCUAUAAAAUCCCAAUGUAAUGUUAAAAAUAAUAACUCGGUUAAUAAUCGUGUAUCUCUCGACAUUAGGAUGCGGCGUCAAAGAACCGUGACUCUUUAUUAGACAGGAAGUAGAUUGUCGUUUAUCGGGACAGGGUCCGAUAACGAGGACAACGAUCUGAAGGGGUAAAUAACCGUCCGUAAACAAGUAGGAAAAUGAGUUAGAACUUGGUGAAGAGUUAGUAGUUAGUGUGUCUUCUAUAAAGAGAUCGAUUCAUCGUGAGAAUAGCCGUGUGACUUACGAAUUGCACGAUUGGAGGAGAAGACGAAUGGGAAGUGAGGAAAACGGGGAAAAAAAGAGGCAUUGUCAGGAUGAUUAAUGCUAUGGUCACUGUAGGAAGAAAUGUCCAAGCUGCGGACGUUCUUUCUUCCCUUUCCUUAUCCUACGCUUUUUUUUUUCCAAUUUCGCGAAUUUCACGAUUUUCGCGAAUACUAAUUAUUCGAGCUUCUUCGAGUGUUGAAUAUUGGAGAAUGAAAAAAUUUGCUCCCUCAGAUCGAUACCAUCUGACGAUUCAUUUAGAUCCAGACUAUAAUUAUCCUAUUAACAUCCACUCGACCAGUAAUUCCCUCGUUAAUUUCUAAUGAGCUCCAAUCUGCCAGAGCAGCCAAUUUUUGCCCCUUCCAAUCGAUACGAGCGCGCUUUCGCGAGAAACAGGCUGGCACGACCCGUGAAAGAAUAUUUUAGUCGAUCAUCACUCUGUAAAUAACACGCUGAUGAAUUUUUAGUCCGAGAAAGCCAAAUUCGAUACGAGAAGCAGCGUGUAUAAAAAAAAAUCUCAAGUAAAAUGCUCGAAAAUUAUUACGUCUCGAAUGAACGAUUCUUUAUUUAUAUCUUCGAUAUAAACGUCGAGCAUUUCCUUUUUCCGAUACAGAUAUCGAUCAUUUACAUUCAAUAUUCUCUUCAAACCUAAUUAUUGGAGGUGUGCAAAGAUUUGAAAUUGCUGCUUCAUUUUUCUUGCGCAUUCGUUGAGGAAACAAUCGAUUUGUUUUACUCGCGUUCGUUAUCGGUCAUCAGCGAUCUUGUCAUUGAUCUUGAAGCAUCUACAUUUCGCUAUCGAGAUCUUAACUAACGGACGACAGCAAUAAAUUUGAUUGGGCCGGUAAAUUGUCCGAGGAGGAAGAGGCUAUAUUCCGUCCACUUCUUCGUAAUGGCCAAUUGUCCGCGCGGCGGAAUCGAGCGAGUACGUGGCCCUAAGUAAACAAUAAAAUCGUUUCAGAGACAGCAGUCACGUAGCAAUUACGUUGUCGUUUCAUCGCAACACUUGUGCUAAUCCCCGUUCAUUGCUAACCGCUCUUCCGUUUCUCUUUCUCUCUGACGCUUCAUGUAAAUAUUUAUUAGUUCCCUCACAAAAGAGGGACAAACUGGUUAGGUAUUCCGUCAGUCAGAGGGAAAAUUCGACACACUCGUGAAUUAAUUCACAUACCGAUCGUAUUAAGACAAUCAACAUUUUAGGAGAAUUUUGGAAUAAUCUCCAAAACUUGCGUAUUAUAUAUAAUUCUCCCUCGUCGUGCAGUCCGAGAGAAAAACGUGCCGUUAUGUUAAAGAUGAAGCGAAUGGCGGCAAAAUGACGGUAUCGAUUAUUUUUUCUUUUGCAGCUUUAUCCUGCCAAAGAAUUACUUUACGGAUUUACGGAGAAUAGCAAAUUUCAAAGCAGCUUUAUUCUACCAAAGAGAAGAGCAGUAACGUGCCUUAUUGUCAGCAGUAAUAAUAAAUGUUACUUAAUAAUUGAUAAAGGGAGCGAUAUGCGAAAAACGAUCUGAUCGCUCUUUGAGAUCGCUUUGCAUUCAGCAGCAGGCAUAUCGAAAGUCUCAAAAAGAUAUCAGAUAUCUCGAUAGGACAUUGGAGGAUACAUAUUACGUAUAUCAAGUGGGACUCAUCGAGCGAUCCCCAGAUGAAAUUUCGCAAAUCCGUCUCAUCUAGCCCGAAGAUGGAACUACUUUCGAGGCGUUCCUCUGGCGGCAGGAUGUCGACCUUAAAGAGGUCGAGAUCCUUCCGAGCCUCCGUGAAACUCAUGUCCAAGAUACGCGAUCGUGCCAAUCUGCGAUUGAACGCUGGCUUCGACGUCUCGAAAGACCUCGUCGUCAAGAAACCCCCGGGCAGCAACCCCCCCGUCCCUGAAGAAUCUCGGGACAGUGAAAAGUCGUCGAAUUUACGAAAAGAUAGCAAUUCCAAAGAUACAAAUUCUCGCCUCGUCAAGGAGAAGGAGAAAGAGGCAUCUCCGAGUUCUCGAAAGAUCUCGCUGUCAAAUCUCGAUGUGGAUCCGCGAGAAAUUGCAAAAGAUCUCAAGAGUAAGCUGUCUCUAACCGACAGGCUAAUGGGAAAGGGUCGCAGCAGUAGCAAGGACGCAGUGGCGAGACCCUCGACGAGAGACGAAGGUGUGAAAUCACCAAAGGUCAUUGACAUUUUUCGCAGAAGACGUAGCACGGAAAAUACUCGAGAGAAGGACUCUAGUGACAAACGUACAUCCUACGAGAGCGAUGCGGGUCGAUCGAACAAACAUGUAUCCUAUGAGAACCCUACAUUUGUGCUAGACAGUUCCUUGGACUCGUCCGUCUCGAGCUUCCUCUUUGAAGUCGAAGAGGAGAAGGAGGAGGAGGAGGAGGAGGAGGAGGGGGAGGAGAAACAACGACAGGAACAAGAUGGCGAAAACGAGCACGCUGCGUCAUCCAAGCGCGAUGUUUUAACCGUCGUCGUAGAUUCCCACAAGGCCACGACUAACCGGCUCUUGUAUCGUAAAACCAACUACGAACGAGGCAAGAAUGAAGCCGAAGAAUACCUCGAGAACGAAGAGUCGCAAAACGUAUUUCGUCCCAGAUGCGAGACUGAUCCUUUGAGACGUUCUUGCCAAGUGAGGAGCGAGGAUUCGCAAGCGAAUGUGAUAAACGAAAAUCGAAGGACGACUGAAUCCUUCGGCGAAUUUGAUCGUCCAAGGAUUAAAUUUUAUUGCAAGAUGCACGAGGCGGAGAGAAAAAAUGCGACCAUCUGCUUACAAAAUCAGAAAAUCUACGACAAUAUUAAAGCGUGUCCUUCGAAAUCCUGUAAAAUCAGAACGGUCGAUAAUAUUGCCAAUUUUUGGUCGAACAGACGUGGUAAUAGUUUUCGAAAUAAAAUGGCGACCGGUAGGAAAAAAGAUGCGAAGGAAACGAGGGAUUACGAGCGAUUCGGUCAGGAGCGAGUUUUCAUGUCGACAUCAUCGGGAUUAAAGUUUCAUUCGUUACAAGGGAUGGAGUUCCUGGAAGGUUUUGGCAAGAAGAAACAACAAUCCAACCAACAACUAAAUAAUUUAUCGUCAAUACAUAUCAAUCCUCUCUCGGCCCAAUCCCUCAACAUACACCUGCAUGCUUUAUUUGCGGCUGUGGAACAUGGUCACUUGGAUAAAGCGAGGACUAUUUUGGAAUCUACUGAUGUAGAUAUAAAUAGCGUUAACAGCGACGGCUUGUCACCGCUGGACGUUGCUGUGCUUAGCAACAACAGACCGUUGGCAAAAAUGCUGGUUGCGUUCGGCGCGCAGGAAGGAAAUCAAUUCAAAUCUCCGGAAUCUCUGGGCAGCCACUUGGCGUCAUUGCUCUCGGAAGCGGAACACAGAGUUCAAGAACUCGGCGGCAGUACUUCUGGCAGCGGAGGAACAACCCUAUUGGAACCACCGAGUAGCCACAGGGCUAGCUUUUCCACGCAACAUAACAAUCUCACGGCAUGCGGUGGCAGCACGGAGGACAAGCAGCUUGCCCUGUGGGAAAGGAGAGCUAGGGCCCUCAGGAAAAUGUUAUUGGGUUUCGAUCAAGCGCGCCCACCCGACAUGCCUUUCUUAGUCGCGGUCGAUGUCACGGAAACGACAUCGGUAACGGUUAGAUUUCAAGAACCAGAUUCGCACGAUUCUCCGAUCUGUACCAAAUUCAAAGUCCAAUGGAGUUUGCACGAUGACUUUUCGGUUAUUUGCGACGAGAGAGAAGUUUUGGACAUGAAGCAGAGGGAGUGUCGGAUCGAAGGUUUAAUUCAAGGUCAAAAAUAUUACUUUCGCGCCGCGGCUGGAAAUUUAAAGGGCUACAGCAGGUUCAGACACUCGACGCCCGCACACGUUACACCUAGCAGUUGGAGAGACAUAGACGGCAGAGUGCCCAGAUUCGCAGGGCGGCUGGAACAGCUCAACACUCUGUUCACCGAUAUAAGGCGACCGGAGUAUACGCAAGAAACACCGGCGGUGCAGAGACGAAAUCACAAGAAAAAAACAACGAUAAAACAACUCUUUACGGCCACGAGUAAAUUCCAGAAGAACCUCAGGCGAGGAGUGUUUCUAGCGUGCCUACUCUACCACGAGGACAAGGUUCUCGUUACGAACGAGGACUUUUUACCAGUGAUCGAGAUCGACGAGACGUAUCCCAGUUGUAUCUAUAACGAUUUUCAUUGGCUGAUGAAAGUCGCCUGUACCUGGGAUGACGUUAAAUCCCUUCGGCAGGAUAUGGAAAAGAGUCACAGCAGCUCGACUAAUCAUUUUAGGAUAAAGUUGCUUCAAGCUGCUGCACAAAUGCAGGCUGCAUUGUGCAUACAAGAUCUUGGACAAUUGUAUCAUAAACCCAUCAGAGACAUUCAAGGCACCUUAGUGUUCUCGACAGUAAAUUAUAUCAAGUCGCCGAAAUUGGUUUCUGUAUUAAACAGCAGGUGGUUGCCGCUCAGUAAAGUUACAAAGAAGAUCAUAACGCACGAAGACAGUAACGUCGCCGAUAUCUUGAUGGCCAGCAUACAAGAGCAAAUGACAUAUCACCAAGUCAGCAAUAUCAAACUGUCCAAGGGUUUAUAUCUCGGUUAUUUGAAAAUGCAAAGUAGCGUGGAUCUCAUACAAGUCGUUGUCCCAACCAAAUCUCCAAACGUAUUGCCACAUUGUAAGAUUCGCGAUAAUCCUCACGUGUCCGCGGAGGAGUGGGACUACCUCAAGAGAGUAACGCGCAUCUGCACGUCCGAGACUUCCGUGCAGGAAUCCGAAGAGAAGGAGAACGUGACGAACGAGGCGCAAGGCACGGAACAACAGAAGCUAUUUGUCGAUCUGGUCGCCGCGACGGCGCGACGAUUGUUCAGUUACAUGGAGAUUAGUCCAGAGGAUUCGCUGGUGCAUCGAUUAUGCGACACCGAGGUGAUCGAGCUGACUCGCGACGUGUCGUUCCUGAUCGUUGUGCCACCAGCCGAAACCGCCUGCUGCGUGCCUGGCACGCGUGAGAUCCUGCUGCAGCGCGGUGAUCUCUUGUCAUUGCCGAUUCAAGUCUUUGAGAUGGUUCACUUGAAUACGUAUCAGAAGGACGUGAUCAAUCGCUACUCGAGACUCAGCUGCAUUUUAGAACUGGAUACCGCGCAAGCCCAGCAUAAUCACAGAGAAGCCUUCAGUUCUUUGGAGCUGAGCGUCGCCAAGGACAAAUUGACGAGAUUGCAAGAUCUUCAGUCGCAAGUGAAUACCGUAUGGAAAGGUGCUAGAUGGCUAAUUGACGUUAUAACUUUCGCCAGAGAUCGCGGCUCCUCCCAACAAAACAUCGCAUCGCAAAGCGUUGGCAUAUCUAUGAAGCAUCUACUCAGCCUGGACAGAAAUAAAAACAGCAACAACAGUAACAGCUUGAAACGAAGUCUGUUACAAUUACCACCUAGAGAUCCUAAGCUCGUGAAAUCGAGUCCCGGCCGUGGUAGCUGGCCGGGUCCCAAUCUAUCGAAAUCAUCCUCCAAUCUCCUUACGACAGAAUUUAGCAAGAGCGAGCAACAGCUGCCCAGUGGUCAAUACGUGCGCAAAGGAAGUAACACCUCGAACGCGUCGACGACUUCGGAGCCGCCGAAAUCGUGUGCACCGAUAAGCAGCGGUAGUAAUUUGAGCAAUCUGACGACUACCAGCAGCGCGAAUCAUCUGAUACCGCUACAGAACGUGAGAUUGCCACCCUCCAAAUCCGAGGAUACUUUGAUCCUCGCCAAGUACAAACACAGUCCGCGAAAUCGUUCCGCUACGAUAACGUCGGCGUCAGCCAGCACCAGUCCAUUGCUGAGUAUCAAGCCCAUGAUCUACAGUGGUUCGUUAUUGAGUGUCUCCACGGCAAUGACGAAUACUACGAGUCUGCUUAGCGUGAGCAAUACAAAUUCCGACAGUCUGCACUCGCUGAGCAGCGACGAGUAUUCCGCGACGAAUUCAAGCGUCUGCUUGAAACAGACCGGUCAGCCGGUCAAAGUUAAAACGUCCAAACCGACCGCGAGCGUCGCGGCGAUGGCCGCCGGCGCCGUUUCGACGGAUAAUGCGGACGAGGACAAGGAAGAGGCGACGAUGAUGCCGGCACCUCUGCCAGGCAUUCUUCAGGUUUACGCAGCCUACGAGACUGGUUUGGCAGCUGGAACCAGUUUGAAGCUACACGUAACACCGAGGACUACGGCACGGGAAGUCGUGGAUCUUGUUGUUAAGCAAUUGAACAUGGCAGUGGUUCUAAAGGGACAAAAAGGGCCCACCUACACGGCCGAUGAACUACCAAACUUUUGUCUGGUUGCCGUAAUCGGUGCGCGGGAACGUUGCUUAAGGGAUGAUUUUAAACCGCUUCAGUUGCAGAACCCAUGGAAGAAGGGACGGCUGUACGUUAGGCAAAAGCAAGAUGUUCUUGCCGCUCUUGAGCAUAGUAGUAAACACACCGCGUACUUAUAGCACAAGUAAAGCGGUAUUCCUAAGCGAAUGAUGACCUACUUACCGAAUAAUGUAAAGUGAAUUUUAAUACGUCUUACGUCCUACGUCAGUACGUGUAAACGUGACGUUCCCUAAUAAGAAUAUUUCGCAUAAAGCGUUCUAGUCGUACGUCUUCAACGGCACUACCAACGAACCAACUGGUUUAGUGAACGGCAAUUGUCUAAAGAAAAAGACAAAAAGUAACCUUCCUUCAAUUUUUCUCUUCAGUUUACGAUAUUCUUGAACGAAUGUACAAUAACUUGAUGAGAUCCGAUCACUUUGUGUAAAAAAUAAUUAUUCUAUAUAUAUUUAAAAUUAUUUUACUCGAGAAAAAGAAUGCUUGGCUUCUCGUUUAGAAGCCAAGAAGCGAUGUAUUUUGCUUUCAAAACAUUCAAUAACCUUUUUAAAAAUAAAACGAUAUUCUUUUCGUGAAAGAAACUUUGACUUGUUUCAACGCAAUUAUAUUCUGGUCUAAUUUUAUUGUUAAAAGUAAACUUUAUGGUAUGCGCUUUAUGCAGUAGUCUCAGAAGCAUUUAAAAAAUAUAAAUAAUUAAAAUAUAACGCGAAGCUUCUCGAUGAACAAUUAAUCACUAAUUAUAAAAAGUUGCGAGAAAAACAACUUUGAGGGAUCGUAACGAGUGUGAUAAGUACCGGUGAAAUAAAAGUCUGUUUUAUUUUAGGCUUGUACAUUCCGAUUCGGAAAUUCAAGCAUGAUCUGUAAUAUUCUUCGAAUGUUAGUUAGUUUGUAAAUUAAUGAUACUCGAGACAUAUUGUUAUAUUUUAUGUACCGAUCUCAAUGUUUUAUUCGACAUACGUAUUAUGACGGAUAUACGCAAAUAUAAGCUGUUUGAGAGAUCUCAUUAUUCCUUAUGUCACAGUUCGUUAUAUCCAAGUAUUGAUCGUUGCGAAAUCAGUGAGGGCUUUAAAGCAUAAGACAAAUAUAAUAGAGAUGUACUUGGAUACUUUGAAUUAAUAAGGAUACCGUUUUCAAGUCAGUAAAGUUUUAUAUUUAUACUAUAAAAAUUAUAAAAUGCCUGUAAAAUGAAUAUUUUACGUUCUAAUGUAUGGCAAAGAUAUCAAUGAGAUGAUUACACAUGACACACUUUCUGCUUGACUAGAUCCGUGUUACCAGGCUCAAAAAUAGGAAAUAAAAUGAUUUAACGUGCGUUUUUUGAUUUACGUCAAUCCGAUGCAACGCAUUCUUUUUUUUUGAAUAUUCAAAAUAAAAUAAUAAAGAAUAAAAAGUUCCUAAAGUCUGGUAGCAUCAUUUAAAAACAGCUUAGAAUAAAAUUAUAUAUAUAUUUCUUAGGAAAGGCAUGAUCAAUUCUGAUGCCGACAAAUUUUGUUGAUAAAAACAAUCUAAGAGUAAAAUUCUAUGGAACGAAAGAAAAGAAAAAUAAGCAGAUUAAUCUAAGAAUUUGGUUAAAAAAUAUUUUGAAUCUAAAGCGGCGAGUAACAUCUAAACUAGUUUUAUAGUUAAUUAUUAGAAUAGUUAGACGAAGAGGCUUAUAGACUGUUGUACAUAACAGAACAAAGAGUAUUGUGAAUCUACUAUUAUUUUAAAGAUAAUAAAUUGUAUUUUUUGUUUUGAUUUAUAGAUAAUUUCUAUUUUACAGUAAAGCGCAUAUAGAAAUACGUCAUUUGUUUCGUUAGAAAACAAAAGGUGUUUGCACACGUUUUGUAUUUGGAUAUUUGUUUCAUUUUGCUUAAAAAAUCGUAUAGUAAAAAUAAAUCAGCAGGCAUAGGCCUCGGAUGAGAUUUAUCUUGAAACAUUUUUAAGAAAGAAAAUAUCUAAUCAAAAGAUGAAUUAACUUUCACGUUAUCGUAAAAGAUGAAUUUUAGUAAAAUUUUCAAUGAACGUAGUUGGUACGUCGCUUGCCACGCGAAUGCCUUCGUGUGUAAUCGAAGGCAUUCGAUCGAAGGAGAACGGUAUGGCAGUCGACGUAUUGACCGAUUCGAUGCUAAGUAUCGUAGCGUAGAGCGAUUUGCUGAAUAUACCCCAACCGCACAAUAUUACUGCACAAUAUAUUAUAACGCGACGGACUUCCCAAAUGUCUCGAGAUCGCGUUGCACAUUUCAUAUUCAAUCUACCAGCAAGAUAAAUUAGCGCAGCAUAUACACUUGUAUGUAGCCAUUCGACUAACAGCGAAGAGAGUAAUGUAUUUAAAAAGGAGAUGUUUCAGCUAUCCGGAUAGUGAAACGAGAGGGGAAGGUAGCGCAAUGUGACAAAAUGAAAUGUGACAAAAUGAAGAAUUAAAAAAAAAACACAUGUGUGUGUAUGUGUGUAUGUAUGUGUGCGUGUGUCGAUUAUAAAUCCAUAUUUCUCUCAUUUCGUCCGCCGAAAGCCUGCGUAAUAUCGAUAUCUAUCAAGCGAAAAAUCGUAAUCUCGAUGCAGGUAUCUAUUGUGAAAUCCGUCCUUCACGUCGCAGAUUCGAUUUGGCUGUAUUCCAAGACUUUCGUCGAAUAACACCCUUAUUGAGCAGUAGUAUCGUGCACCAAGGGGCCAUUUGCAUUUAACGAGGAUGGUGCACAUAUUUUUUUAUCAACCAAGUGACAAAAGAUCGAAUUGUUAGGGGGCAGAGCGAAUAUCGCUGGCUGCUGCAUACGUAAGUCCGUGCAACGUUGAAUUUGCCAAAAAUUCAUAUUUCUCCAGAUGCAAGAAGAGAAGAAAGCGAAACGGAAAGAUUGCUACUUGACAAAAAUGUCAACGGUGUAUCGAUUUAAUUAUGCGGUCUGCAUCAUCUGCCUUUUCUCCGUUAUUUUUGCCUAGACGCACGAUCGUCCACCAUUGAGAGCGGACGGCCACCCGCGCUCUUUUCCAUUCGAUUGACAAGAUAGAAAGAAAUUUUAUUAGCACUACCUGAAUGUCUAUCAAUGUUGAAUGUAAAAUAAUCGUUAGUAUACAAAUAUUACGACGUGGAAAAGCGAAAAGUGCGCCGAGCCAACGAAAGUGACUGAAAUAUUUGUAAAUAUUUCGAUGAACAGAGCUACCGCACGCACAAGGAAACUAGAGAGAAAGAUUAUUUUGGAGAUGAGAGAACGCGGAAGAAAAAAAAUGUUGUAUCUCGACACGACGAUCCAGAUCCACUCAUCGCGAUGUAAUUAUAGUUGUGCCUACGCGACGGCGAUGUGAGUUAAUUAGUCGAAAUCCGAACGGAGACAUCCUCGCGCCCCGAUCCCUUUGCUUCCUAUUCCCCUUUCUGUAAUUCCACUAAUUCCCUCGUGCCCAGAAACAAAGGUCACUCGGACUCGUAUGAUUCAUAAAAAAGAAAAAAAGAGUCGUGUAACGCUCGCGCGCGCGAGUUAAUUAUGUACAGUAGCGAAUUGGUGUUUGUAUAGAAAAGGUGGCUUCGUUUCUGUUGCGACUGAUUUCUUCCCCCCUUUUUUCAGCAGGGGACAAUGUACUACGACGGAAACGCACGAAAUAAAGUAUAACAUUGUAUUAGU